AUGGAGUCUGAAGCCCUUAGCCUCUCUCACAAUGCGUGGGCGGCCAGAUACUUUGCGAUAGCGAUUGGCGCCGUUAUGGCUAUAGCUAUUGUAAUACACUGGACAGGGAAUCUGUUUUUGAGAUAUAAUGGCAAGGCAUCACUGCCAGGUUGGUAUCGGAGCACAUUUUAUGGACUGAAGCGUGGUACCGCGCAGUUAUUGGGAUCUAAGAUCGCGGGGAUACACCUUGAAAAGCUAUCGACUGUCUUCCUGUACUGGAGCCUUCACCUCAUACUCAUUUUAACGAAUGUCGACUUGAUGGAACCUUCAGAGGUUGCGAAGCGCCUCGGCUGGAUGACCGUCGCUAAUCUUGUCUUCCUCGUUUUCCUUGCCCUUCGUCACACCCCUCUCGCGCCUCUUUCCGGUACUUCAUAUGAGAAGCUCCGGCCGUUGCACAAGAUGGCUGGCUAUACUUGCAUUCUCCUUGCUGUAGUCCAUGCCCUGAUAUGGAUUAUAACCUCUGCAAAAGAAGACGUUUUGUUCUACCUCAGGCAGAGAGCAGAUAUAGCCGGAGCAACCGCUGCGCUCUCGAUGGUCCUUAUAUUCCUUUCGACUCUUGGACUUCCCAGGUGGUCUUAUGAGACCUUCUACGUGAUCCAUGUAACUUUGUUCAUGUUGAUUCUCAUUAUGUUGGGGUUCCACCAGCCGGACCUUUCUAUAGGGGUUCUGAAGAUUGUCAUAUUUGUGGCAGCGCUUUGGGUCCUGGAACGAGGAUUGCGGCUUUCUAAGCUUCUGUGGAGAUUCUUUGGAAGCUAUGCCACUCUCACCCCGGUAAAUGGAGCGGUUCGAAUCAAGCUCAAUCGUUCUAUCCACAGUCGUCAUGCUGGCUCCCACGCUUUCCUAUGGCUGCCAUCAAUGCGACCCUUCGAGACACAUCCCUUCACGAUGAUAGGUACUGACCCCGUCGAGUUCCUCGUCCGGCCAUACGAUGGUUUUACACGGGAUCUGUACAACUUCGCCUGUAAAAGCCAAGAAUCUGGAAAGGCAGCGCGAGUGCGUUGCUCCGUGGAUGGCCCCUAUGGGCAAAUACCAGACUACCUCGACUUUGAUCGAGUUAUCCUGGUCGCAGGUGGCAGCGGGGCGACAUUUACUUUCAGCAUCGCCCUGGACUUGAUAAAGCGAUACGCUGCGACAGGCUCCAACAAGACAAUCGACUUCAUAUGGACUGUGAAACAUCAUGGGUCAUUGGACUGGUUCAAAGACGAGCUCAAAGAGCUCCAGUCCCCAUUCGUCAAUCUCCACAUUUACGUUUCUCAAGAAAGUAGUAUUUCGGCUGAUUCUUCCAAUCUGGAGUUGCGAACAGAGGGCGAUCUGGAACAAGGAAAGGACGAAGAGUCACAGCAGUUUUAUUCUGUGGAUACACGGAAGGGAAGACCGGACGUUGAAAGUUUCAUCAAUGAAUGCAUCUUACGAGCAGACUCCGCUCAACUAAAAUUCGGUAUUGGUGCUUGCGGUCCCACCGCGCUUCUUGAGGCGACUCGGGCGGCGGCGAUGAGCCCCCAACACGACGGCGGGCCCCUGCUUUCCCUGCACACCGAGGAGUUUGAGUGGUGA